CAGAUAUAUCGUGUAGAAAUUCCGUUAAGGUUGGGGUGACACGGUGAUCGGAGAUUUAUUUGAGUUGUUGAACGUGUUUGUGAGUUCUGCGGAAACGAAGGCCACUCCUAGAGCAGACUCGGGGAAGUUGACAGUCGUCGUUAUUUGUAGUGAGACGUGACAACAACAAACAGACGCGAUGGAAGUUGGAUCACUGACGGAUUAUGCGAAAACGCUAGCAAACGCCAAGCAGUCAAAAUCAUUGGUCAAGAAACACCUUACGCCUGACAUUGUCGAGAAAUACAAGGAUGAAAAGACGGAAGGGGGUGCCACUCUAGCUCAUUGCAUUAAAUCCGGUGUUGAAAAUCUCGACAGCGGCACCGGCAUCUACGCAGCCGACCCCGAAAGUUACGACAAGUUUAAUGACAUAUUCGACAAGGUCAUCCGGGACUAUCACAAGGUCGAGGGAGAUGAUAUCCAGCAUCCAGCGGCCUCUUUUGGCGACAUUGACAAUUUACCAUUCGGCGAUCUUGACCCCGAUAAUGAGUUCAUCGUGUCAACGCGCGUGCGUGUUGGAAGGACCGUGGAUGGGAUGCCUUUCCCACCUAUGAUCACGGAUGAGCAACGCAAAGAGAUUGAGAACAAAGUCUCCUCCACAGUAACGAAUCUGACUGGAGAACUGGCAGGAACGUACUACCCCCUCGCUGGGAUGGACCCAGAAACACAACAAUCACUCACAGACGAUCACUUCCUCUUCAACGACCAUGACAGGUUCUUGAAAGCAGCCGGUGGGUACCGGACAUGGCCAGAAGGUCGUGGUAUCUUCCAUAACACAGACAAGACCUUCCUCGUUUGGGUGAAUGAAGAAGAUCACCUGCGAAUCAUCUCCAUGCAAAAGGGUGGAGAUCUUGGACAAGUCUUCAAACGGCUGGUCACUGGCAUCAACGCAGUGGAGCAGAACAUGAAGUACGCGCAUCACGACAAGUAUGGCUUCCUGACCUUCUGCCCAACCAACCUUGGCACCACACUCAGGGCCAGUGUACACAUUCGUAUUCCAUGUGUAUCAAGUCUUCCUGACUUCAAGGACAUCUGCGAGAAACUGAACCUGCAGCCACGAGGUAUCCAUGGCGAGCACACAGAGAGUGUCGGCGGCGUUUACGAUGUCAGCAACAAGCGUCGUCUUGGCCUGUCGGAGAUCGAUGCUGUUACCGAGAUGGCCAAUGGUGUCGCUGAAAUCAUCAAGAUGGAACGAGAGCUUGGCAAUGAUAUCGAAAACCUUCACAAGAAGCUCCAAGGGAUGAAGGACUGCAAGAGUUUGAUGAAGAAACAUUUUAAGAAUCCGGCAAAGUUCAAGGACGUGAAGACAUCAUUGAAUGGCACAUUGGCCAGUUGCGUUAAAUCAGGCGUCGAGAACCCAGACAGCAGUGUCGGAAUCUACGCCUGCGACUCCGAGGCCUACGACAAAUUCUCCGAAGUCUUCGACGGUGUCAUCAAGGACUACCACAAGGCCGCAGAGCUCAAACACCCUCCCGUCGAUUUCGGUGACCUUGAGAAUCUGGGCUUUGGUGACCUUGACCCUGAAGGGAAGUACAUCGUCUCUACUAGGGUGCGCUGUGGCCGUAGCAUGGAUGGGUUCGCAUUCCCGCCAACUAUUACAAAUGAGCAACGAUCAGAAAUUGAAACCAAGGCCAAAGAAUCACUGGCGAAGUUUGACGGCGAGCUGAGUGGUAAAUACUAUCCUUUGGCGGGCAUGGAUGCACAGACGCAGCAACAGCUAACAGAAGAUCACUUUCUUUUCAAUGACCACGAUAGGUUCCUUCGCGCCGCCGGCGGCUACCGCAACUGGCCGUCUGCCCGUGGCAUCUACCACAACAACAACAAGACCUUCCUCGUCUGGCUGAACGAAGAGGAUCACUUGAGGAUCAUCUCCAUGCAGAAGGGUGGAAACCUUGGGGAGGUCUACAAACGAUUCGCCACGGCAGUGCAAGCCCUCGACAAGGACCUCACCUUCGCCCAUCAUGACAAGCUUGGACACCUGACAUUCUGCCCCACCAACCUAGGCACCGCCCUCAGAGCAAGUGUCCACGUGAAGAUUCCAGGCGUCUCUCAGAGGCCUGACUUCAAGGACAUCUGCGCCAAGCAUGGGCUCCAGCCAAGAGGCAUCGAUGGUGAGCACACGGCCAGUGUUGGCGGCGUGUACGACAUCAGCAACAAGCGUCGCCUCGGCCUAUCGGAGAUUGAUGCCGUGAAGGAGAUGGCUACUGGGGUGGCGGAGCUGAUCAGGUUGGAGAAGGAGUGUGGUACGCCAUUGGAAAGGGCCGCAAAGAAAAUCCUAGCGGACAAGAAAUGCCACUCCCUCAUGAAGAAGCACUUGAAGCCAGAGAUUGUGCAAAAAUACUUGGACACUAAGACCUCGCUCGGUGGCACUCUGCUUGACUGCAUCCAGUCAGGUCAUGACAACCCAGACAGCUCCGUGGGAAUCUACGCCUGCGACCCUGAAGCCUACACCACAUUCAGCGACAUCCUUGACGCAGUCAUCAAGGACUACCACAAGAUCGAGGGCGAUAUCGCUCACCCCACUCCAACCUUUGGUGACCUUGCCAACCUCAGCUUUGGUGACCUUGACCCCGAGAAUGCCCAGGUUGUUUCCACAAGAGUGCGUGUUGGAAGGACAUUGGCUGGUUUCCCCUUCCCGCCUGUUAUUACAAAAGAGCAACGUCUCGAAAUCGAAUCAAAGGCCAGAGCAGCCUUGGAAUCCCUGACUGGCGAAUUGAAGGGCACCUACCACCCUCUGACCGACAUGGACGCGGCUACGCAGAAGCAGCUCACCGAGGAUCACUUCCUCUUCAAUGACCAUGACAGGUUCUUGAAGGCGGCUGGUGGCUACCGCGACUGGCCCUCUGGCCGUGGUAUCUUCUUCAAUGACGACAAGACGUUCCUCGUCUGGGUGAACGAAGAAGAUCACCUGAGGAUCAUCUCCAUGCAGAAGGGCGGCGAUCUUGGAGCUGUCUACAAAAGGCUUGUAAAUGCGAUCACUGCUCUAGAAAAGGAGCUGACCUUUGCCAAAGAGGACCGCUUGGGUUAUGUGACCUUCUGCCCAACCAACCUCGGUACCACCCUCCGUGCCAGCGUCCACGCAAAGAUCCCCAACCUCGCAUGCCAGAAGGAUUUCAAACAGAUCUGCGACAAGCUCAACAUUCAGGCACGAGGUAUCGACGGCGAACACACCAAGAGUGUGGGCGGCGUGUACGACCUUUCUAACAAGCGCCGACUAGGCUUGACCGAGUACGACGCCGUACAGGAGAUGGCAAACGGGGUCAAGGAUCUAUUGGAGCAGGAGAAAACUGCCAAGCCUCCCAGCAAAUCAUGCACGCUCUUGUAAUCCGGGACCUUGAGUAAACUUGCGCAAUCCGGGACUCUGAGUCAACAUGCGCUUAUCCGGGACUGUUUCAGACACAUCAGAUAUGAACGCUUGGGUCGCAUUUUCUUUCAAACAAUUGUUAAGAAUGAUGCCAAGCUUGCCUCUUUUGAAUUUUUGAAAUGAUUUUUUAUAAAUUAAAGUAAAAUACAACCUUGGUUCGGCCCGGGGUUAGCCACCGUGUGACACUAGUGGCGUACUUCUAUUGUAGGUAAUAUGUCGAUGUAUUUUGGGGUAACACGCGGUAACUGCUUCAAGCAAGGUCAGAAAACAAAGUUAAUUAAUUAGCUCGGGUGUUUUACAUGAACAUGUGUAAAUGCGAAUUCAGGGUUAAUCGCUUAAGCUUUUGAGCAGAAGGAAAUUAUUGCAGACAGGCGCACCAUAUGCAUACCCUGCUAUACAACCAGGAAGAACAGUCCGGUGGUUAAGUCUUUCGCUAUUUAAGGGGUACUAGUGCACAUUUUAAUGUCGCCGGUGUAUAGCUGAUGAAAAGUGCCCGAGAAGUAUUGAAAUACCCUGCAAAACAAUGAAUAUGAUCAAUGGGACUGGUCUCCUUGGGUGUAUAGCCUGGUACGCUUGUACGCAGUGUGAAUUACACAGCUUAUAACACUUUAGAAAAUUGUAUGUAAACCAAGUACAGUACAUGUAUCCGUAGAAUACAGUAAACUACCAAAUUUUCGUGUAGCUUUA